AUGGCGGGCGGCGCGGCCUUGCUCCUGCUCCUGCUCCUGCCCCUGCCCGCCGCCGAGCCCCCGGGCGCCGAGGACGAUCGCGACUCGGAGGAGGCGGCGGCGGAGCCCCGGGGCGGUCUGGCGCUGCCGGGUCUGAAUGCCCUUGAGUCCAUGGAGCUAGAAUUUGGAGUAUGCACAGUUACAUGUGGGAUUGGCAUUCGAGAAGUUCUGUUAACGAAUGGAUGCCCUGGGAGUGAAACAAAAUGUAUUGUCGGUGUGGAGGAAUGCCACGGGCCAGUGGACUGUGGGUUGGGAAGACCAAUUUCUGAGAACUCUGAAAGCGUGAUGAUGACUUGUAUUUAUAUACCUCCUGAAAAUCGAUUUAAAUAUGUUUGGAAGAUCUUAACUCCAAACAAGACAGCACACAUUCUUCCCAAUGAUUCAGCUGUUAUGGAAGUGCGCAGAGAUACGCGUCCAAUUACUUACCAGUGUGAAACUCAAGGAAAUGAAAGUGUAAUUGCCUCCGUAAAAUAUACAGUGCACGCAACAACUGAGCUGCAAACAAAACAAUCAGAGAGAAUAGACACAGGACAAUCAAGGAAAAAAAGGGCAGACGCCAUUCUGGUGUUUUGCCUGGUAACUGGAAUCAUUUUCACGGUUGGCGUGAUCUUUGCCAUCAUCUUUAUAAUUCUUCACUGGGCAAUUGUAAAAACUGUUUUGGAAUCAAAAAAUGGGCAAGAUGACACAGUCGAAAAGCUGACCAUCAAAAGUUCACAGAGUAACAUGUAGUAAGUAGCGUCCCGCUCAGGGUCAGCAUUGCUUUUUGGAGGAACUGGGAGUCUGCACCUGCAGCUACAGUGUUCUCACCAUCU